GCAGCAAACCCGACUAUUGGCCGACGGAUACCUCGGGAGUGUAUGAAGCCGAUCGUUAAGUUCAGGCUCAGUUCGCCACACAAAGUCACUCUACGUUAGGUAACGAUGAGUACGUCGGAGUCCUUGGAUCGAAUGGAACUCUGUGAAAGCCUCUUGACAUGGAUCCAGACGUUUGGAGUGGAGGCUCCAUGCAAAACAGUAGAAGACUUGACGAGUGGUGUCGUCAUGGCCCAAGCUCUACAGAAAAUAGAUAUAGUGUAUUUCAAUGACACUUGGAUUAGUAGAAUCAAGCCAGAGGUUGGGGACAACUGGAGGUUAAAGGUCAGCAAUCUAAAGAAAAUUCUGAAAGGCAUCCUAGACUAUAACCAGGAGGUCUUAGGCCAGCACAUUAAUGACUUCACACUACCAGACAUCAACCUCAUUGGGGAACACUCUGACGCAGCAGAACUUGGGAGGAUGCUACAACUUCUACUGGGCUGCGCGGUCAACUGUGAACAGAAACAAGAAUAUAUCCAGACCAUAAUGAUGAUGGAGGAGUCAGUGCAGCAUGUUGUCAUGACAGCCAUCCAAGAGCUGAUGAGUAAAGAGACUCCAGUGACAGGAGGAAAUGACUCAUACGUGGAUCUAGACAGACAGCUGAAAAAGACAGUUGAGGAGCUGAACGAUGCUUUGGCUACCAAGGAAGAGAUCGCCCAGAGGUGUCGUGAGCUUGACAUGCAGGUGGCAGCCCUGCAAGAGGAGAAGAGCAGUUUGCUCGCAGAAAACCAGGUCCUGAUGGAGAGACUCAACCAGUCUGACUCCAUAGAGGAUAUAAACAGCCCAGCUGGACGCAGACACCUCCAGCUGCAGACACAGCUGGAGCAACUACAGGAAGAAACUUUCAGGUUGGAGGCAGCAAAAGACGACUACCGGAUCCGUUGUGAGGAGCUUGAAAAAGAACUUUUAGAUGUAAAGUCACAGAAUGAAGAGCUUGUGUCACUGGCUGAUGAAGCUCAGUCUCUCAAGGAUGAGAUGGAUGUCCUUAGGCAUUCAUCAGACAAAGUGUCAAAGCUGGAGGGCACAGUGGAACACUACAAGAAGAAACUGGAGGACAUGGGACUUCUCAGGAGACAGAACAAGCUUAUGGAGGAGAAGAACACAGUGUUAAUGCAGACCAACGUCAGUUUGGAAGAAGAGCUACGAAAGGCAAAUGCUACCAAGGGCCAGCUGGAGACGUACAAGAGACAGGUGGUUGAGCUUCAGAACAGACUGUCGGAAGAAUCUAAAAAGGCUGACAAGAUGGAGUUUGAGUACAAACGCGUCAAAGAAAAAGUGGACUCCCUACAAAAAGAAAAAGAUCGUAUGCGGACAGAGAGAGAUUCGUUGAAGGAGACUAUUGAGGAGCUACAUUGUGUCCAAGCUCAAGAGGGACAGCUUACAUCAGGUUUGUUCCCAUUGGUCAGCAACGAUGGCUCCGAUUCGCUGGCUGCUGAGAUCACCACCCCAGAGAUUCGAGAACAUUUGAUUCGUCUUCAGCAUGAGAACAAGAUGCUAAAGCUGGCCCAGGAGGGAUCAGACAAUGAGAAGAUUGCACUGUUGCAGAGUCUACUGGAGGAUGCCAACAGAAGAAAAAAUGAACUGGAGACAGAGAACAGGUUAAUCAAUCAGCGUUUGAUGGAGGAACAGAGUCAGGUAGAGGAGCUACAGAAGACUCUUCAGGAAGAGGGCUCCAAGGCAGAUGAUUCUUCCAUUCUGAAGAAGAAAUAUGAAGAGCACAUUGAGAAAGUACGAGAGUUGAACAAUGAGCUACUGAAGAAAAACACCUUCAUCGACGAAAUGGAGCCUAAAUACAACACCUGCUCCCAACGAGUAGAGGAGCUGGAAGAGGCCUUGAAAAAGAAAGAUGAAGACAUGAAACAGAUGGAGGAGAGGUAUAAGAAAUACCUGGAAAAAGCCAAGAGUGUGAUCCGGACUCUAGACCCCAAGCAGAACCAGGGCUCCGGUCCAGAAGUCCAGGCCCUGAAGAACCAGCUGCAGGAGAAGGAGAGGAUGCUGCACUCACUGGAGAAAGAGAUUGACAAGACAAAGAGCCAGAGAGAUUAUGAGGAGAAACUGAUUGUGUCAGCCUGGUACAAUAUGGGUAUGUCCCUGCAGAAGAAGGCAGCUGAAGACCGACUUGCCAACACUGGUUCUGGUCAGUCCUUCCUGGCCCGGCAGAGACAAGCCACCAGCACACGCCGUUCCUAUCAAGGCCACGUCCAGCCAGCUACCGCAAGGUAGAUGGCAGCAGGGCCGAAAAAUACUGCGACAAACUACUACAGAUCCCCUGAACUUACAUACAAUAGAUGUGCCUUUUUUGAGGCACACUGUUUCCAUUCAUUUCUAAUGGAAGUUCUUGUUUUCCUGCAUUCUGCCUAUUGAUUAUCUUUUUUUUUCUUCUUGAUCAGAUCCAUGAGGUAGAGAUGCCAGGCAAGGCUGUCCAAAUCUUGCACCACUUUAUUUCCUGAUUAAGCAUAUUUUACCCUGACUCCUGCGUUACCAGACUGCUACCCUUUUCAGCCCCCAACAAAUUUAAUAGGGUCCGACUAAAACACCCUCUCUUCCUCCCUUUCAACCACUGCCCUUCCUCAAUCUGUACUCUGUGGCAGACUUUUGCUAGGCAGGUAAUCUGGACCCCGAGGUUGAGAAGGCUCGCAUCUUCUUGACAAGUUACUGUCGUUUUUGUUUAGAGGAACUGCUCUACCUGUUCAUGCAGUAUUAAUGCACAUCUCUACCUGUGAUAACAUUUGAGGUUCAUCUUCUUUUCUGACUGGAGUUGACAGAUUUUCUGUCCCGCAUUGCCUGUUGUAACUCCUAUGAUGUAGCUUUAAGAAGGUUUGAAGCAAUUUUCAGUUUUAAUUUUUUAUCAAAAGAAAGAUGCAGUAUUUUCAGAAAGUUGUUCCUUUGCCUUGUCAUUGUGUUAUAGAGAAUCAAAUACAUUGAGGCAUAGGAAGAUGUAUGUAUGUAUAUGUAAGUCAUCACAUGUAAAUGUUCCAUUUGCUUGCUAAAUGGUCUGAAUGAUUUGUAAUGGAAGUACAUGGUUUAAAAAAAAAAAAAAAAUAA